AUGUACAGCUUCAUGAGCGGGGGCUUGUUCUGUGCCUCUGUGGCGAAUGUCCUUCUGGCAGUGUCCACGUUGACAGAUUACUGGAUGCAGUACCGGCUAGCUGGCACCUUCGCUCACCAGGGGCUCUGGCGAUUUUGCUUCCCCGGGAAAUGCUACAUGCCGAUGGAAAAGAUGGCCUACCGGAAUGCCAUCCGAGCCUUCAUGAUCCUCUCCGCCCUCUCUUGCUUUGCUGGCAUCAUCACCGGCAUCCUCUCCUUCGCCCAGUUCGCCACCUUCAAGCGCUUCAACCGGUCUUUUGCUACCAGCACCCUCUUCUUCAUCUCCACACUAUUCAUCCUUCUAGCGAUGGGAAUUUAUACCGGUGUCACCGUCUACUUCCUGGACAAACGUUUUGGCGAGUGGCGCUUCUCCUGGUCUUACAUCUUGGGCUGGGUUGCCCUCCUGAUGACUUUCUUUGCAGGUAUCUUUUACAUGUGUGCCUACAGGAUUCAUGAAUGCCAGCAAAUGGCAGGAAACUGCUAA